AUGGCCCCUGCCCGAGGGUCCCCGCUUUACCCUGGGUGGUGGCAUGGCGUGGAUCGUAUCAGAAAUGGCUGGCGCAGCACCUGGGCGUUGGAGUGGAAGAAAGUGGCUGCUGUAAAGACACGAACUGCAAAAACUUCCUGA